UAAUAUAAUAUUAUAAUAUUAUACGAAACAAAAGUGCCACAUUCUAUUGUUUUCGUUGUUGUUAUUCGUGCAAAGUGUUUGUUAUGAGUAUAUAAUAAGGUCUACGAUUAUAUUAAAUUAUUUUUUCGUUGUAAAAAUUAAGCAGUGUUUAUAUUAUUGUAACGUACACGCAAAUCCCGACGUAAUUUUUCGUAUAUCCGUAAGUAAGCGCAAACUGCCAUAUAGGUAGCAACAGCUGGCCAGUCCGCUAACUGGUGUAUCCGUAACUCUCUUAAAGCCCCCUCAAUUCCUGGACUUAAUAUAAAAUUGACAAUGCAAAAUACAAAGCAAAUACCAGAACCCAGUAAAUGGGAACCAAAAAAGUACGUGUAUAGUAAAUCGUCUUAUGCGGAGAUAUUCAAAGUAUUACAAUCCUUACGCAAAGACGAGAUUUUUUGUGAUAUUAAACUAGAAACAGAUGAUGGAACAAUUAUAUACGGUCAUAAAGUUGUUUUAGCAUCGGCUUGUCAAUAUUUCCAUGCAAUGUUCACAAAUUUUGAAGAAAAGGAUCAAGAUCUUGUUGCUAUGAGACAGUUGGAUUCUUCUGCCUUACAGCUCUUAGUGAACUUUAUUUAUUCGGGAAAAAUCCUGGUCACUGAAAAAAAUGUACAGGUUUUAUUAUCAGCUUCAAAUCUCUUGCAGCUUCAAGAAGUAAAAGAUGCUUGCUGUGAUUUUUUAAAGUCACAACUGUGCCCUAAAAAUUGUAUUGAUAUAAAUGCAUUAGCUGAUUUAUAUAACUGUACGGAAUUGUUGACAAGUUCAGAAUUAUAUAUUCAACAACACUUUUCAGAAGUGGUUGAAGGAGACGAGUUCUUAUCUUUAUCAUCCGAACAAGUAUUUAAGUUGAUUUCCAGUGAUGGACUUAAAGUUCCAUCUGAAGAAAAUGUAUUUGAAUGUGUUAUUCGAUGGGUAAAACAUGAUUUGGGUUCCAGAAAAUGUAUUUUGCCCCAAUUAAUGGAACAUGUACGUUUACCAUUAACAUCGAAAAAUUACAUAUUGACCAAAGUAGUUAAGGAACCUCUUAUUAAUAAUUGUCUUAAAUGUAAAGAUUACGUAAUUGAGGCAUUACAUUUUCAUUUACUUAAUAAUUCAGAUGAUCUUAUCCCUUUUACACAAAUCAGCCGGAUUAAAUCUAGACAGUAUAGUGGUUUUGAUAAAGUUAUUUUUGUGGUUGGUGGAAUUGGGAUUUCAGCAAAUAGUAGUACAGAAUGGUAUGACCCGAAAAUCAACCGAUGGCAAAUUGGACCAAAAAUGAUUACACCCCGCCGUAGUGUUGGUCUAGCUGUAGUAAAAAAUAAUUCCGUGUUUGCAGUGGGUGGUUUUUAUAACAAUUCACUUCAUUGUUCUGUUGACGUACUAGAUUUAUCUUCAGAAUCACCUUGUUGGAAACCAACCAUUGAUAUGUCAGUUAAACGAGGACUUUUAGGUGUAGGUGUAAUAGAUAAUUGUGUAUAUGCCGUUGGCGGUUUUGAUGGUGAGAGUUGUUUAAAUAGUGUAGAAGUUUUCGACAGCGUUACUCAAAAAUGGCGUAUGGUAUCCAGUAUGUCUACUAGAAGAAGUAGUGUUGGUAUUGGAGUACUGAAUAAUCUUUUAUAUGCGGUAGGAGGUUAUUCAGGGUAUUCAGAGCAUAGAUUAAACUGUGUUGAAUGUUAUCAUCCCAGUAUUGAUAGAUGGACACCAAUUGCAAAAAUGUCUGUAUGUCGCAGUGCUGUGGGAGUUGGAGUUUUAGAUGGUGUAAUGUAUGCUGUGGGCGGUUAUGAUGGAAUAGAAGUUCAUAGUAGUGUUGAAGCAUACAGACCAAGUACUGGAGAUUGGACUAAUAUCGCAGACAUGCAUUUGUGUAGACAAAAUGCAGGAGUAGUUGCAUUUGAUGGUUUAUUGUAUGUCGUCGGUGGUAGUGACGGAACUUCUACUUUAGAUUCUGUAGAAUUUUACAACCCCGACACCAAUACCUGGACCAUGGUCACAGCGACAAUGAAUAUUGCACGAACUUUUUUAGGAGCAGUAGCCAUUGAUAGGCCACGACAUUUUAAAAUUUAAAUAUUUAAGUAUUUUUAUACAAUAUAAUAUAUUUAUAUUUUCUUAUGUUGUAUGAGAGUAUGUUUAUUUUUUUUCUAUUUAUUUU